UGUAUCCUACGGAAACCGGUUGAAUCCCUGAGCAAACCUAUGCCAUCCACCAUAUUACUCAAUAGUCAAUAAGCCGUACUAUAUUUAAACCCCGCUAUAUUCCAUUUUAUAUCGAUCGAUUUCAUUCCCAGACUCAACUGUCAGCGCGCACAGGGUCGCGCAUUCUCCACCAUCCAAACGUCGAGAAAAAACAGGCCUCAACACUACAAACUGCGACACUGCCAUUCACCGCACACCGCCAGCUUAACCGAUUUGCUUGCUCAUACAUUUGUAUGCUACCACGGCAUUAGCAAUUUGGCAAUAAGUUCAUGCUGGGCCGCUGUUCCACCCAGGGCUUCUCAUACUUAAUUCCUCCUGCAUGCGUCAAAUAUAAUAACCGUUGCAACGGGCCAAAUUCGGCAGUCCCGCACUCUCCCAGUUUGCAGUGUGCGUCCUGUUCUCUGAUUACGGCGCAACAGCGGCAGUGCUCAGUUCAGAGCGGCUCACUGCAGUUCGGCGCUAGCAACCGGGUUGCCGCAUUGAUUGACGAAUUGCCUUAUCUCAUUGGUCAAUCAGUCGCUUUUGGCUGCCUUGAAUUUGCCAUAUCAUUACCGUGAAUUCUUCGGGCUGAAUUUAUUCCCGGACUAAUAUAUUUCUCUCCCUGCCCGUAAAGAAUCACCCAAGUCCAUUGAUAUCCGAUAAGUAACUAAUAUUUCUUCUCGGUGCCUUAACGAGACCGUACAGAUCGAUUGGCAGUGACAAAGUGCGAAAAUCCUCCGCCCCAGCUUAUCCCUGCGUAUUGCCUCCGUGGAUCGCUGUGGCCAAGUCGGGAAACGGCUGAUAUUCCAGCCGCGCAUCUACUCAGUGGAAAACCUGUUCAUUGAUCAGUUGUGUACCGCUGUGCGCCGCCAUCAUGGUCCUCGUUGAUCACGUCCACGCGACGACAUCUAACGCUAAUUGCGUCCUCAUCUCAAAGGAGCGCCAGAUGAGUAAUUUCGGUUCGGAGCAGUUCGAUGAGCAUGGCGUUCGUCUCAUACGGGAUCGUGCUCUACCCUGCCGAAUGCGCCGUGUCUGGCGGACGCUGGCGCUGCUGCAGUUUCUCACCGCUGCCGCCAUGCUGAUCACCGAUAUUUAUGCCCAUCAUCCGAUCUCACAUGUGAAUCCUCUGCUGUCCUCGGAGAAUACUAAACUGGUCUACUUCAGAUGGGACAUGUAUCUGGGUAUUGUGUCGGCUAUAUUCCAGCUAAUAGCCGCCUUUAUUGGCCUUCUUCCACUGGGAAUCCCCUGCCGUAUGAACCCACCGGCCCGUUACCGUUCCGGACACUUCCUCAUGUCGGUGUUUGCCGCCUGUCUGAUGGUCAUCGCCGCUGUCUCCUACGGGAUCGUUCUGUCGACCCUGUCCAAAGAUGCCGAUUACAAUCGGGGAGUGGUGGGGGACGAUAUUAUCGCGCAGCGUACCCGCGAUUUGGUGUUCACCUUUAGGAUUCUCUUGAGUCUGCUCAUCAUCCUGCUGCUGGGGGCCCUGGUCAAUCUGGCCGUGGUGAUUGCGGUGUGCACGGCGGUGCGGAAGUGCUAUCGCAACUGUAAAGUGUGCUGUGCCGAGCACUGAUGUUGCCAAGUGUUUGCAUUGGAGCGGAUGGAUGAAAUACUCUAUGAAUAUUCCUGGAAUUGUGCAACUGAAUCUAUUCGACGUCUUGCAGCUAGUGUGGAGUAUUACAAUGGUCUGGACAUUUGAGAUCUUGAGUUUUGGCUACUGUGGCAGGUUGUACGGCACGCAUCGAUGAUUGAGCAUUGUGUGAAGCCGGUUGGUUUUUGUUUUCGCUUUAGAUGUUUGCUUUAGACCAGACACUGCUACCAGUGUGAUCAGAUAUCACUGAGGUUUUCGUUUUUUUUUGUUGAAGAUUUGUGUGCGUGGUUAUUUAUUUUCCUGUGUUGUCUGCAAUCGAUUUGUGUUUUUUCCUUUUUCAGCGGUUUUUUUGGCGAUAUUUAGUGUGAGUGUUAAAGGUUCCUUGUAUUCGCAA